AUGUCUCAGCCUGGCCUCCCAAAAGACGAGCCCGACACCUCGGCCCUUCCCAUUGGAGAUGAGAAGGACGAUGCGAAGAAAGAAGAUGAGAGAGGCAAAGGGCAAGGAGACGCAAAGAACGGCAAGGAGGGACCGGAAGACGACUUGACAGGCUCGGUUGCUUCACACGAUUCUUCCAUCAACAGCACCCCCCGCCCCCCAAUCCGCCAAGAUACCCCCUGGCCCCAAACGGCCCCCGAUCCAAUCGUUCUGCUCGCCAUGAUGGCAAACAUGCAGCCACAGGUUGUUGACCUUCUCGCCAAUCAGAAGAACACCCCUGCUCCUGCUCCCGAGCCUGCCCCUGUGUAA